AUGGCCAAAAAAAGAAAAGCCUCCCGCCAGUCCGCGCCGAGCGGGCCCCGCGAGGUCGACCCCAAAGACGCGCGCCUCACCAUCAAGACGUACGAGGAUGUCGCCGACUCGGAAGAUGAGUACUGGGCCAACCAGGACCGCAUCGACUUUGAUGAUGAGGACGAGCCGCGCUCCAAACGCCUCAAGAGGCAGGAGAAGGAGGACGCCUUCUUAGAGGCUUCGGACGAGGAGAUCCUGGCGGAGGACGAGUCGGACGAGAGCGAAGAGGAGGAAGAGGAAGAAGCAGCAGCGCAGUCCUCGACGAGGAGGCAGACCGGCAAGAAGGUCAGCGCGCGGGAUGACGACAUGUCUGAAGGGGAAGAGAAGGGAGAGGAGGAGGAGGAGCGGGAUGAGGGCUGGUGGGGUUCUUCAAAAAAGGAGUAUUACGAUGCCGAUAAGAUCGAGACAGAGGCCGAUGCUCUGGAAGAAGAGGCAGAGGCCCGUCGUCUCCAGGCCAAGAAGCUGGCCAAGAUGCAGGAGGCCGAUUUCGCCUUUGACGAGAGUGAAUGGAAAACACCGAAGGAACAAACCGCGGGUGAGGAGGCGGAAGUGGUGACAGAGGUCUUGAAGGAGGUGGAGGUGACGGAGGAUAUGGGGCCCGAAGAGAGGUACAAGCUGCUUCAGGCCCGGUAUCCCGAAUUUGAUUAUCUCGUGGACGAAUUCAGGGACCUGCAGCCUCUUCUGCCCACAUUGCAGAAGCAAGCCGAAGGAAAACCUGCCAAGUCGCUCGAGGUGGUCAAGUACUGGUUGGCUGGCUGCUAUGUUGCCGCCCUGGCGAGCUACUUUGCCAUCCUAACAUCCCCCUCUCGCGACGGCGACGCGCCAGCGAUAGCCCUCAACCCGUCGGAACUCAGGGACCACGAGGUCAUGGAGACUUUGGUGCAGUGCCGCGAGGCUUGGUUGAAGGUCAAGAACCUCAGAUCAACCGCUUCCGUCACGACCAACUCCGGCAUGCUUUCGCCGCCGGAGGAGAAGGAUCUUGAGAUGCUCAACGCCAAGCCGCUGCCGAAGCGGAAGACGGAAAAGCUCUCGAAAGCCGAGAUCAAGGCGAAUAAGCAGAAGGCGGCUGAGGAGGCCAAGAAAGCCCAGGCGAUUGAGCAGUCCCUUGCAGACCUGUCGACGCUGCUCAAGAGCGCCAAAAAAGCCAGGAAGUCCUCUGCGGCCCCUGCUGUCUCGGCUGAUGCGAGCAACGACGACAACCGCUCCGAUUUUGGUGAGGAGGAGACCCUCGAUGCCCGCACGGCCGCCGAUAAGGCUCGCCGCAAGAAGAGUUUGAAGUUCUACACCUCCCAGAUCGUCCAGAAGGCCAACAAGCGUGCUGGCGCUGGCCGCGACGCCGGUGGUGAUAUGGACAUUCCGUACCGCGAGCGUUUGAAGGACCGCCAAGCGCGUCUCAACGCCGAGGCCGAACGGCGCGGCAGGAAGGACAGCAAGUUCGGUGCCGACCUGGGCGGCGACGACAGCGAUGGGGACGAGGCCGUGGCCAAGCAGGUGCGCGGCGAAGAGGACGAAUACUACGACAUGGUGGCGCAGGGCGCGCAGAAGAAGCGGGCCGACAAGGCGGCUCGGUACGAGGCGCUGGCGCAGGCACGCAAGGGGGAGCGGGUCGUGGAGACGGAGCAGAUCGGGCCGGACGGCAAGCGGCAGAUCACGUACCAGAUCCAGAAGAACAAGGGGCUGACGCCGCACCGGAAGAAGGAGGCGCGCAACCCGCGCGUGAAGAAGAGGAGGAAGUUCGAGGAGAAGAAGAAGAAGCUGCGCAGCGUCAAGGCCGUGUACAAGGGCGGUGAGGGCCCCGGCGGGUACCAGGGCGAGCUGUCGGGCAUCAAGACGGGGCUUGUCAAGAGCGUCAAGCUGUAAGGAAAGUUGGAUGGCGGUUGCUGUGGUUGGAAAUGCACUAUUUGAUUUUAUGGUCCAAGAGCUGUUUAUCCAAAGCUUGGGGCAAAUGGUCUUCAGAUUGGCGUGUCGUGC